UACGAAUUGCUUCUUCCUGAUCAUUAUGUGUUGAUACAUACAUACAUAUAUUUAUAACUUGAGUAGUAGCAUGCUCUUGAUUUUAGAGGACAAAUCUACGCACUAAACAUGAUUGACACCGACGUGGACUGUCUAAUAGAGACAUUGAAGCAGCUCAUUGACUUCAAUUGUCCUUCACAUAUUUCCAAAAGUCAAUGGAUUCUUAAAGAGAGGGAUCGGUUCGAGUUGCUGUACAAGGAGCUAACCUCAUUAAGAACGUUUCUUUCUUAUUCGGAGGAGACUCGUUACACAGUCCCGAAAGUGAAAGCUUUGGUUAUAAGGAUCAUAGAUGUAGCAAGCAAGGUAGAAGAUAUGGUUGAUUCAUUUGUUUCUACUUUUGCAGUUAAGAAUCCAAAAGAUUUUAACCAAGAUCCGUGUUUGGAUCUUGACGACGUAAAUCAUGAGGCGCCGAAUGUCUUGAAAGAUGAAGGAAGUUCAUCAAGAGUGCAUAUUGCAGUACCUAGUGAAGAUAAUAUUGUUCGGUUUCAUGAUGGUUUUGGCGGUAUCAUGCUAGAGAUCCAAGUCAUCAAAGGAGAGAUGGAAUCUGCAAAUCAUGCGGCGCCGAAUGUCUUGAAAGAUGAAGGAAGUGCUUCAAGAGUGAAUGUCACAGUACCUAAAGAAGAUAAGAUUGUUGGGUUUGAUGUUGAUUUUGACCAAGAUCCUUGUUUCGAUUUUGACGGUAUCAUGCAAGAGAUCCAAGCCAUCAAAGGAGAGAUGGAAUUUGCAAAUCAUGAGGCGCCGAAUGUCUUGAAAGAUGAAGGAAGUUCAUCAAGAGUGAAUAUUGCAGUACCUAAAGAAGAUAAGAUUGUUGGGUUUGGUGUUGAAACAAGAGAAAUAUUGGAUAGACUUGUUGGCGAUCAAAAGAAACUAGACAUCAUCUCCAUUGUUGGGAUGGGAGGCCUUGGGAAGACCACUCUGGCAAAGAGAGCUUAUUAUGAUAGUUAUGUAACAUACCACUUUUAUAUUCGCGGUUGGGUUACGGUUUCUCAAACAUAUCAAAAGCUGGAUUUGUUGUUGAGUCUUUGUAAUUCUCUUUCCAUCGAGCCUGGAGCUGGAGAAAAGAACAUCGGAAAGUUGUGUGAAUUGAUUUACAAACGAUUAAAAGGUAAACGUUAUCUUAUUGUUAUUGAUGAUAUAUGGAGUGCAGAGGCCUGGAAUGAAAUACGGAUCUGUUUCCCUGAUGACAAUCUUGGAAGCAGAAUUUUAGUAACCAGUCGGCUUAUGAACGUUGCCUCAAACAUCAAACAAGACAGCCCGAUUCACAGGCUUCGUUUUUUAACCGUGGAGGAAAGCUGGGAUCUGUUGCGACAUAAAGUUUUUGCAGAGGAUGGUACUUGCCCUACAAAUCUACAGGAAACUGGGAAGCAAAUUGCUGAAAGAUGUAGAGGCCUGCCACUUGCGAUUCUUGUAAUAUCCGGGCUUCUUGCAAAGACUGAGAAAUCAGUCGAGUUCUGGACUCAAGUUUUAGAUAGUAUAGGUUCUUAUAUUGUUAGUGAUUCAGAACAAUGCAUGAACACAUUAUCAUUAAGUUACAAUCACCUGCCACGACACUUGAAAUCAUGCUUUCUUUAUUUUGGAGCAUUUAAGGAAGACUUUGAGAUUAAUGUCAGAAAGCUGAUGUGGCUGUGGGUUGCAGAGGCUUUUGUAAAACCAGGUACAGAAAAUGUAGCAGAGGAGUAUUUGGUAGAUCUUAUUGAUAGAAGUCUGGUGAUGGUUGACCAAAAAAAGGUCAGACGGGGGCGUGAAAGUGUGUCGCGUGCAUGAUCUUUUGCAUGAUCUGUGUUUAAAAAAAUCCAAAGAAGAGAAAUUUCUGAGCGAAAUAAAAGGCGAGCCUUUUUUAGGGCCGGGUUUUUCUACUAACUCAACGGAUCGGCGUUCAUUUAUCAAUCAUAAUCAUACUCAUGUGUUAGACUAUGUUUUCUCGAAA